UGGCCCCAUACCCUCACUCUCUGGAUGUAGAGACUCCUCUGGGAGCUGUUUGGCUUUGGGAUAGGAGGGGUGGCCAGGGAAAGAAUGCAGCAGCUGAAAUCUAUCUCCUGGAUCCAAAUUGAAUUAGGAGUUGGCUGGCCCACUGCCCCCUCCCCCUGGCUCUGGGCCAUCUAGCUUCCAGGCAGUGGUGGAGAUUCUGGCUUACUUGAGGUUCAGACCUGGUUCCCCACUCACCAAGGCCUCACAUGCCCCUCUCGUAUGAGGAGGCAGCAAAGCCUGCUGCCCUAUUGCGGUACCCUGGUUGAGGCUGGUUGUGCUUUGGGCACAGGCAUCCAUGGCACAAUGCUUCACAGGGAUAUAAACCUGCCAAGCUUGUUUUGACAGUCCAUUUCAUCCUAGGAUUUAGGGAGGUCAAGGAAAGGGUGGGGUGGGACCCUGGCCAGACCUGGAGAGAAGGGAGGCAGUUAGAGCAAGGGAAGCCAGGCCAGAGGUCCCUCUCCAGCGCCCAGGAGGAGUGUUUGGGGGUGAGCGCAGCAGAGACUGUCACUGCAGGAAGGCUGAGCAGGCCUGGUCCCUGACUCCAGGCAGGAGAUGACUACUCUGGAUACCAGACAUUUAUGUGCACAAGCCCUGUGGACAGCCACUGUCGGGAUGACUUGCCAUCCCUGAUCACUGAGGUCGUUUUUCAGUACUUACGGUGGAACCCAUGGCCUCACACAUGCUAGGAAUGCGCUCUAUCACUGAAUUAUGCCUCAAGUCCUCCAUUGGGGUCUUGCAAGUCUCUGAUGGGAGCAGCUGGGAAUGUGUGGCUUUGUUGAGUGAAACUAUGAGUAGUGGAUGGUUGGUAACCGCGUUGAAGCAGGGUUGUCACCAUUGUGGGUAAGCACUGGGUCCUCUGAGUUUCAGGGAGCUGUGGGGUGUGGAGUGUGGUCAUCUAGCUGUGUCCAGUGUGUGCAUGGGUCUCAGGUGUAUCCUUUUUUGGGGGUCGGGUAAACAACUAGGUCUUAGAGAGUGUCUAGAGACAUGAUUAUGUGGCUAAGGUGGGACAAGGUCUGGGUGCCCAUGGGCAUUGGUUUGGGGGAGUAUCUCCAGGAAGUGUGCUCCAGGACUGCAACAGACUUUCAGUGCCAAGUGAGAUUUACACCCUAUGUUAAGGUGUGAGUGAACAUCAGUUUCAAGGGGUCUGUAUUUGGGAACAUUAAAGGAGUGGGUAUUAACGCCAGCAUUGGGGGGGGCUCCCUGGCGUUUACUUGCCAUCAUGACUGACUUGACAGUGACUGCAUGCUCCCCUUCUCAAGACAAAGUGAGGCUGUAGCUGUGAGUGCAGGAUGUGGCUCAGGUGCCCUAAGAAUUGCUUACUCCACCUUAAGACAGGAUGCAGAUGCUAGCCUGGCUCCUCAGAGCCCGAUCAGCCACCUCCCUUUCUCCUAGGAUGACUCCCUGUUGCCCUGGUCUGGGCUGCUCCCCUCCACCCCCACUGUGACAUCCACAAAGGCUUAAGGGCAGGCAGCAUUACCAGGUCCCAUCACACAGCCAGCUCCAAAAUCCUCAAGCCCAAUGGGGACAGCACCCCACCCCCAUGAGAGUGCGUAGACCUCCCAGCCUGCCCCAGGCGAUGCUCACAUUUUCCAGUGUUUAGAUUUUAUCCACUUUAUUAAUGAGGCAGGCAAGAGGCCCGGGUGAGGGUGUGGGGGUUUGCUUCUGCCCUGAUGAGAGGAGGGGGUCACAGACUCCAGACCAAUUCAGAGAACCUCAGUCCCUGGCGGGAAGAAGCUGGGCCCAAGUGGCCCUGACCAUUGCCAGCAGCAGAGGUUUUGCCCACUCAAGGCUCCCAGCCCUAGCGGGCAGACAUGCAUAGGGUGGAGCAGCCCCUGGAGGCCAGUGGGGUGCGGGUGGAGGCGGCACAGAGCCGAGGAGCCGCCCCAGGAAGAGGGAGCGGCCUGCCGGGAGCCAGGGAGCAGCUGGCGCGGGCAGCAGGAUCCUAGUUCCGGGCCAUGGGGACCCUGCAUCCUGAGCAGCACUGGGUAAGAAGUUGGGACUUGAGGGUCCACAGGCAGGGAAAAGGAGAGCAUUUUGAAAGAUGGGCUAUGGCCAUCAUGGGCUCACUGUGUUCAUGGCUCUCAGCCCAAGGCUGUCGGUCUAUGCCUUAGGUCUGCUUUAGCCCUCUCAACUAGAAAACGAAGAACGAGCCAGAGGCUGGUUCACAUAGGAGUAUGGGGUGGGCAUCUGAAUGAGGCAAUGUCAUACUGCUGAGAUUGCCAUGGAGACAGGUGUAAUUCUGGCAACAGACAUGGGACUCUGGGGAAAGAGGUAGGUCCUUGGAGUUCAAGAGCACCGAAGAGAUCAGAGAUGGGUCCAUGGAAGCAGGGGUCUGAGGACAGACCAUGGAGGCAAGAGGAUGCACUACAGGGUACACAGCAACCUUGGGGCACAGAAAUUAGUCUUUAAGUACGGAGAUGGCUUGUUCGGGGAGAGAUGAAACUGGAGAUCAAGAGUGGUCUCUGGAGGCAGGGACAUUGGAAAAGAUGGGCUAUAGUAAUGAAGCUGUUGGGACAUGGGACAUCAAUGGUAGGAUUAAAAGGUGACCAACAACAGCUGGUCAUGGUGGUGUGAACCUUCAAUCCCAGGACACAGGAGGCAUAGGUAGGGGGAUCUCUUUAAGUUUAACGCCAGCAUAGUCUACACAGCCAGUUCCGGGGCCAGCCAAGGAGACUUACAAAAAAGGAAGGGGGGUGGCAGACAUGGUGAAGGUUGGAGUUGGGAUCAAAAGUGGGUCAGGAUCUAUUCCAUGGGGCCAUGGACCAGGAAUCUGAUGUGCUAGGAGGUGGGGGGUGGGGUGGAGAUGAGGACAGACACUGAGGACCUCUGCCACGUCUGUCAAGUCCCCAAAGCAGUAGAUAGAGAAGACAAUGCCGGGGCAGAGUGAGGUCAGGCACAAGGGAUGGAGCAGUGAAAGGUGAAGUGGGAUCUGAAAUGGAGCAGCCAGGGUCCUGUGGAGGUGCCCUGGGCACAGAGGCCACAUUGUUACAUGGAUCCUGGUGAUGGGUGGUGGGACACUAGCCUCACUGCACCCUCCUCUUAUCUACUUAGCCCUCUUGGCCACUGAUAUGAGCCCCUGCGGGCUUAACGCGAGCCUAGUGGACGAGGAGGCAACAACGUGUGCAACACCCAGGGUCCCCAACACAUCUGCGGUGCUACCAGUAGGCGAUUCCGGCACAUCACCAGCCCUGCCUAUCUUCUCCAUGACCCUGGGUGCAGUGUCCAACGUGCUGGCGCUGGCGCUGCUGGCACAAGCUGCAGGUCGUCAGCGGCGGCGCCACUCAGCUGCCACCUUUUUGUUGUUCGUUGCCAGCCUGCUGGCCAUCGACCUGGCAGGCCAUGUGAUCCCGGGCGCGCUGGUGCUUCGCCUGUAUGCUGCGGGACGUUCACCUGCUGGCGGGGCCUGUCAUUUCUUGGGAGGCUGCAUGGUCUUCUUCGGCCUGUGCCCACUUUUGCUUGGCUGCGGCAUGGCCGUGGAGCGCUGCGUGGGUGUCACGCAGCCGCUGCUCCACGCGGCGCGCGUGUCGGUGGCCCACGCACGCCUGGCACUGGCCACGCUGGCCGCCCUGGCUUUGGCAGUGGCGCUGCUGCCGCUAGCACAUGUGGGUCGCUACGAGCUACAGUACCCUGGCACCUGGUGUUUCAUUAGCCUUGGGCCUCCUGGAGGUUGGCGCCAGGCAUUGCUUGCCGGCCUCUUCGCCGGCCUUGGCCUGGCCGCGCUCCUUGCGGCACUCGUGUGCAAUACACUCAGCGGCCUGGCGCUCCUGCGAGCCCGCUGGAGGCGUCGCCGCUCUCGACGUCUCCGUGAGACCACAGGUCCCGAUGAUCGCCGGCGCUGGGGGUCCCGUGGACCCCGCUUGGCUUCCGCCUCGUCUGCCUCUUCCAUCGCUUCAGCCUCCGCCACCCUCCGCAGCUCUCGGGGCGGCAGCUCGGCGCGCAGGGUUCGCGCACACGACGUGGAGAUGGUGGGCCAGCUCGUGGGCAUCAUGGUGGUGUCGUGCAUCUGCUGGAGCCCUCUGCUGGUGUUGGUGGUGUUGGCCGUCGGGGGCUGGAAUUCUAGCUCCCUGCAGCGGCCGCUCUUUCUGGCUGUGCGCCUCGCGUCGUGGAACCAGAUCCUGGACCCAUGGGUGUACAUCCUGCUGCGCCAGGCCGUGCUGCGCCAACUGCUUCGCCUCCUACCCCUGAGGGCCGGUGCUAAGGAUGGCCCAACCGAGCUGGGCCUAACCAAGAGUGCCUGGGAAGCCAGUUCAUUGCGUAGCUCCCGGCACAGUGGCUUCAGCCACCUCUGAACGUGCCCAGAAGCUAAGCCAAACCACUGCACAGGGUUCAAGGGUAUAGAGAGCCUCAAACACAGCGUGCCAUGGGCGAUGCGUCCUGUGGGGCGGCAGCACACACUGUGACAGCACAUUGGUGCAAGCGGCUCCACCCAGACGAGUACAAUUCUAACGUUGGCCACGCGAUGGCGCAGACACACGGGACGUUCCAAAUAUCACAGGUGGGAUGGGUCCCCAGGUCAGCAGCUCCAAUAGCAUGAGCACAAUGCUGAGUCUUAGUUCUGAGAUUGGAGCUGCCCGUAAAGGCAGUAAGGUUUUGGAUUCACUCCCCGUCUCUGCUGCCGCCACAAUAGACUCUUGCAACCAUUCUGCUCAUUUUGGUCCCUAACUAUCCUAACAGUCUCAACACCCUGUACCCACUGCAGCCUGAAAACCCCAACGCUCUCCAACACAGCCCUGAGCCCUGUCCUCGCUUCCCACUAACGCAUGU